AUGGAGCUGGUAUCUUCGUUUUUCUUCACGGAGUUCGGGAGUAGAUGGAAGGCAAGGGAUCUGUUAUUUGAGUUCAAGGACUUUGGGGUCAUUGAUGAAGUUGUUAUCCCACCUAAAAGGGAUAAGUUUGGAAGGAGGUACGGUUUUGUACGUUUCUUCAACGUUGAGGAGGAGAAGUUGCUGGGUAUCAAGUGUGAUAGUACGAUUCUCGAAGGGAGAAAAAUGCAUGCGAAUCUUCCAAGAUUUCAGCGUCAAGUCAAGGAUACGGCGAUUUCGUUUCGGAAUACAGGCAGGGGAGGGAAAGAGGUUGUUAAGGAAAGGAAGGAGGGAAUGGUGCAAGUUCAUAGCUCUAAGGCUUGGGUGGAUAAGAGAUCCUUUGUGGACGUCGUUCACAACCGUUCAGGGAUGGGUGUAAGUGGUGUUGUGUCAACGGGGCUUAAGACUGUCUUCUUUGCGGCUGCUAAGAAGAUUAAACAGAUUUUCUAUGAAGAAGGCCUUUUCUCCAUCAGGAUCACUCUGUUUGGCCCUAACCUAUGUGUUCUCAAAGAUCUGGUGCGUGGUGAAGUGGAAGCUCUGAUCGAGGAGCGAAGAGGGUGGUGGGAGAACUGGUUUUCAUCUAUCAGACCUUGGGCUCCUAACGAUGUUGACACAGAGAGACUAACAUGCUUGAGAAUAUAUGGCAUUCCUUGUAAUGUUUGGGGUGAAGGUUUUUUCAAGCUGGUUACGGAAACAGUUGGAACCUUUAUCAAAUGUGAAGAGUCGACGGAGACACGAUUCAGAAUGGAUGAUGCGAGAGUUUGUAUUAAGACAGGGAGAAGGGAGUUGAUCAAUGUUUCAGUUAAGGCUGUUAUUGAUGGCGUCCAAUUUCUGAUAAGUUUAAGAGAAGCCUAUUCUUCGUUCAACGAGAUGACGAAGGUGCAAAAGGUGGUCGGAAGAAGCUGGUUCGGAUUCUAA